UUACUGUGCCUUGUACUAAGAAUAACAAGGUGAAAACGUGUUCAACCACCGAUGCUCUCGUCUCCUCAUUCACCCUUUCUCAUUUUCUCCUCCCCAAGUGGCGGCUAGGGUUACUGCGACCGCGCCAUCGCCGCCGCCGUCACUACACCCCAGCUUGCGGCCCCGGUCAAUUCAGCAUUGUCGUUGCCGCCCCUUUUCUCUUUGUUUCCCCUCCCUGGUGCUCCGCCGCCGCCUCCUUUCUCGACUAAAUCCACUCCAUCCUCAUCCUCCCCAAUCACUGCCGUCGAGGUUCUAGCGUGACAGGGUCGCGGGAAAAGAGGGCGAGGCUACGUCAUGGGCGGAGGUCGGGCGCCAUCAGGAGAGCCGAUGGGCGGCGGUGCAUGAUUUGGCCACGCGCGACCUGCACGAGCAACACGGCCGACGAGGCACAUGUUGCAGGCCAACAACGAUUGGAGGCGAGGUGACCGCGUUCACCAGGACGCCGUUGCAGAACGUUUAUCCGGGAGAGUGCGCGUCGAUGAUCCCCUCUUGUCCAUGGAUUCGCGACGGAGGUGCUCGAGGAGGAGCUUCUUCCCUAUACGCCAUGGAAAUCGUCAAGGUGCGCCUUUACUCCCCCUUCCCUUGUCUGGGUAUGCUAGGUGUUGGAUGAUGGUUUGGCAUUUAAUCUUUAGAAUCUCGAUUCCUUGAUUCCCCCCGUACUGAAUAGUGGUAAUUCAGUUUAAGCUCUCAAUCAUAUAUGGUCAUGAUGUUUCUACUUUUAUUCGUAAAACUUCAAAUACUUAGGCUGUAAAACAUAAAUCUAUGCUUCCACUUUGAGGUGGAACAGUAGGUUAAGGGAGCAUUCCUCAAUUUUUUUUGGAUUCAACGGAAUCGCGGUAGUGUGGAGAAUUAAAGCACUCAAGGUCUCUGGAGGAUCGAUGAAGAGAACGGCAGUUUAAGACAUGGAUAUUGCUGUCGGAGCACAUAUAAAGGGAUGGAAGUUUCUGUAUCUUAACGAUGUUGAGUUCCAGUGUGAAUUGCCGGAGUCAUAUAUGAAGCAUACAGGAAACAAUAACAUCGAUGGCGUUCUGGUCCGGUGUGGUUGUUUAGACUCUGCUUUGUAGACAUUACCAAAUCAAAGAUUGCCAGCCACGAACACAAAGAAGGCGGUACAGAGUGGCGAUGCGUCGAUCAAGGACUGGUGCCAGAAGCGGGGCACCAAGGGGGAGCAUGUGGUGUACACGGCCGAGUUCAUGGUGGAUGCCGGCUUCGGCGAGCCAGGCGCUGGCGUGGUGGCCAUCCGGAACCACCGCGAGUUCUUCCUCGUCGAGGGCAGUGGGCUGCCUUGCGGCACCGUGCACUUCGCCUGCAAAUCCUGGGUCUUCUUAAGCAACAAGGUAUGUCUACUUCUUUUUUACUUCAGGUUCAGGAAGACAUGGACUUGUUAAAAAAAUUGGUAGCAUUGGGUUAUGGUCUUGACUUUGUGCCCUGCUGCAGGACAUGUUCCCAUUCAUUUUAGUUCUAUAUUAUGAUUCAAAUAAUGUUUCUUUUAUGGUACUGUGAAAUUGAAUUGCACAGAAGAAAAAAAAACACUUUCUCAUACAUUAACUUCAAUUACAGACGAGUUUCCUGUAAUAAUGAAAUUCAGGGACGUCCUAACGUUACUCAGUUAACAUACUUGUUCUGUUACAUUAAGCCACAGAAGUAUUCUUCUUCCAGACUAUAGAUUUAGUAAUGUUUGUACACAGAAAAGGACACUUUCUCAUACAUUUGCUUGAAUUACAAACCUGUUUCCUGUAAUAACAAAAUUUAGUGUCACCCUAAUGUUACACAAUUAACAGACCUAUUAAGCCACUGAAGAAUUCUUGUUCAGACUACAGUGACACACAAGCACUAAAACAGGGUUUGGUCGACUUGGCAAUUUGGCAUGGGAAGAUGCUCGAAGGCGCGUGAUGUGUAACGGGUCGUGCAAGACACCUGGACUAGGACGGUGGUCAGGUGGAGUAUACUCAAUGGUUUGGCCAGCCAAUACGAGUCAAUUGGACAUAGGAAAGUACCCAGAGAGAGUAUACAUCAGGUCUUUAGCAUCUUUUUCGGGGAUCUUUGCCCGGAGGUUACGGAUGCCACUUUCUUUUGUUUUUUCUUGGCAUAUUCUGUCUGUUCAGAUGCUAGAAUUAUGUGGGAUCAGAAGACUGGACGAUCCAGAGGGUUCGGUUUUGUUUCUUUUAGGAAUCAGCAGGAAAGUGGCUUGGCAACCGCCAAAUUCGUACCCUGAGUUUUUAGGUUAUCAGUUGACCUAUCUUAGGAGUAGAGAUUCUUUCCCGAUGUACAUGAAUGACACUUUCUGGUUUGGCCAUGAAUAAUGGGUUGGUCUCUUGAUAAGAGGUGUAUGAAUGUGAUUUAAAAAAGACCAAAAAAUGUUUGAUAGUGCUAUUGGUAAAGUUGUGAUAUAUUUUUAACAAUUGUCGCUUGUCUACAUUAUUAGCGCGUUAGGAAGCUUGAUUAGUGCCCCCAAUAAUGCCUCGGGAGGCGCCACCAGGUGGCGCCCCAACAACUAGUGUGAUAUCAACCGAGAUUUUGUUUUCAUAUAAAUAAAUAACGGAAACACUAACGCCCACACGUGUGGCAGAUUUGCAACUCGCCCACACGCGUCGAUCUACGUUCAU